AUGAAUAUUUUCAUGGGGGCAGGGAGCAACGGCAGGUGGGACGAGCCCACCUGGUGUCAUUUCUUCCCGCAGACCCUCACGGGUCUGGCCAGGGCUUGGUUCGAUUCUUUGCCAGUAGGGUCACUGGUGUCAUUUGAGGAACUACAUGCAAAGUUCCUCGCGCAUUUCAGCAAGCAGCGACGUCCCGUACGCGAUACGAUGGAUGUCAUGAAUAUCUAUCGAUGGGACGACGAAUCUCUCGAAGCAUUCGUCGUCCGAUACAAUAAAGAAUGCCUGGAGAUAGGCGACGUUGCCGACCAAAUGGCACGAAACCACUUCAUCAAAGCCGUCAGAGAUGAACAGAUGGUUAUGACUAUCUCCGGCAAAGACGGCCGACCGAAAAAAUGGGAGGAUGUCAUGACCGCGGUCAAGACAUACGCCCAGACUCAGCGGUCACUUAAACCGCACCUCACAAAAGCGCCGCCCCAAGUGGGAGGUCAGACCUCCCGCUACAAACCCAAGCGCAACAAUAAGCGCAACCGGGACGCAGGGAAUCGCGACAGCGAUUCCAAACCGUAA